AUGCAGGCCGAGGAGCGCUUCGCACACUUGCUGCAGCCCAUCCGGGACCUGGCUGCCAACUGGAAUGUGAAGAUCGCCACCGAGCUAGACGAAUACCUGGAUGCCUUGGAGAACAUCGCCUUCACCUUCGAAGGAGGUUCAUCUCUGAACUUUGCUGAAGCUGCGCUGGUCAUUCAGGGAUCAGCAUGUGUGUACAGCAAAAAGGUCGAGUAUCUCCACACCCUGGUGUUCCAGGCAUUAGAGUACCUGGCAGAGAGCAGGGAGGGCAAAAAUGGCGCCAAGAAAAGGGCAGGCACGGCCAAGAAUGACGACGACGACGAUAGUGACAUAGAGGAGGAUGAAGCCUUCCUGUCCCUGGAUGACCUGGAGGAGGGCAAGUACCUCGAUCUGGAUGAAGGCGCUGGGGACAAAGGCACUGUAGCCCCCUUGCGACCCCCAGCCACGCUGCUGGCGCUAACGGGAAUCCCCCAGAAGGAGGGGGAUGCCGCUGGGUUUAGGGUCCACAGCUGCGCGGUGCAUGUGUCCGGAGCUCUGCUGCUGGAAAGCGCGGACGGCAUGCACCUGGACGCCGGCCUGCAGCCGACUGACGCGACACAGGGUGUUUCCGGGGACGCGUUUGGCCGACCACGGGAGGAUGCGAGUGGGUAUGGGCAGCCCGAUGCUGGAGGAGUCCCGACAGCGGACAACCCACUGGAGGACGACUGGGGUGGGCAGGAGUAUGGCGGCGACUACAUGGAUGACGAUGAUGACCGCGGCGAUCUGGACGGCGGGUACGGCGGAUCCCCAGGAGAGCCGGACGCUCGGCUUGGGGUGGCCACUGCUGCAAUGGCGGCUCCAGGGAAGCGGGCCGGCGAGCUGAGCAGCAACCCAGCGGCCUUUGACUCGGAGGAGGAGAGCGAGGACUUGUACGACCCAUAUACACCCCUGGACCCCAACGAUUCGGGACCGGUGGCGCCCAAGCCCCUGCGCAAAGCGCUGCGGGUACCCAACAAGCCACGGAAUCAGCGGCCGGCACAGCCGUUCCAGACACUGCAGGAGGCAAUUCACAGGGCCGUUCCACCCGAUGGGCUGUUCUUCCGGGAGUUUGCCUAUGGACUCCCCAAACAGGCCAGGACGAUAGACCGGAGAGCCACCGCUGCAUCCUCGCGGCCCCACCAUGGUUUGCAGGCUGCCUUCGAUCAAGAGGAUGACGGUGCUGACUUGGCGGGGGUACAGGAAGCCGACGAAUUUGACGAUGCCAAGGACGACUACGAUGGCGGGUACGAUGGCGGGUUUGAGGCCGACGACUAUGAAAAUGUGCCGAUCCCUUCGGCGGAUGGACUGGACGGCGAUGACCUCCUAGUCUCGGCGGCGGCUGCCGAGGGGUGGAGGGACCCCACCCUCACAAGCACAGCCUUUCAGACUGGCAUCGACGGCUCAUGCGUGGAUGCCACCAGCAUGACUUUCGACGACCUCCUGAAGGCUCACAUCAGCCGCAUGAUCGCCGCGGCGGCCGCCGCCCAGGUCCAGACUGAGCUGGCCAGCAGGGUUGGCGGGUGGCGCUCGCGUAUCGGGCCGGUGCUGGAGGAGGAGGACGCCCGCCCCGCCUUUGACAUCCAUGUGUACGGCCAGAGGGUUCUGGAUGCCAUGCAGGGGCUCAGCCUGAGGGAGCCAGACGAUGGCGGGUACGAUGGCGGGUUUGAGGCCGACGACUAUGAAAAUGUGCCGAUCCCUUCGGCGGAUGGACUGGACGGCGAUGACCUCCUAGUCUCGGCGGCGGCUGCCGAGGGGUGGAGGGACCCCACCCUCACAAGCACAGCCUUUCAGACUGGCAUCGACGGCUCAUGCGUGGAUGCCACCAGCAUGACUUUCGACGACCUCCUGAAGGCUCACAUCAGCCGCAUGAUCGCCGCGGCGGCCGCCGCCCAGGUCCAGACUGAGCUGGCCAGCAGGGUUGGCGGGUGGCGCUCGCGUAUCGGGCCGGUGCUGGAGGAGGAGGACGCCCGCCCCGCCUUUGACAUCCAUGUGUACGGCCAGAGGGUUCUGGAUGCCAUGCAGGGGCUCAGCCUGAGGGAGCCAGGAACAGCUGCCGAGUCGGUGCCUGCCGCCCCCACCCUGUUCUCUGAGGUAGUGCAGUGGACAGCAAACCGCUUUGAGGUGUCCCGCACCUUCUCGUCCCUCCUCCAGCUCAUCAACAACGGCAAUGUGGGCAUCAGCAAGCCAGCUGACCGUGACACGAUGCGCUUCACGCUAACCCUAUUGGACGCGCACCUCCCCCACGAGGCUGCAGCUGAGGAUCUGGCAACCCAGAUGAUCACCAGCAGCCAAGCAGCCAGCCAGAAGCCCAUGGUAGAACUGGCGGGAGAGGAGAACUCCGUGCCUGCGCCUGACCAGGCGCUGGCCCAGGGAACCACAAACACCAUGGCUAAGCUGCCGCCCAGGUCCAAGCGACACAAGGCAUAG